GGCUGUUGGCCGUGGUAACAUAUCAGUCAGAGGGAAGACUCAGGCGGAGAGAGUUGCUGUUGGAAAAGCCUGGGAAUAUAUACAGUAUGGCUGUCACUGGGGAUGAGACAGAAACAGGCACUGCGGGUGACAUGACUGCCUGCCAGCUGCGUAACCCCAGCUCCAGCCUCCCUCAGGGGGUCGCAGGAGCCGCUCACAGCUCCCAGAAACCUAAAGCGGAAGCCUUACAGAAGAGGGAGCUCCGCUUGAUGAAGAACAGGGAAGCCGCCCGGGAGUGUCGGAGAAAGAAGAAGGAAUAUGUCAAAUGCCUUGAAAAUCGCGUGGCUGUGCUCGAAAAUCAAAACAAGACUCUGAUUGAGGAGCUUAGAGCCCUAAAAAACGUCUAUCGACACAAAGCCGAGUGAUCCCUCUCACUAGAGGGGGAGCAUAUGGACUGUGUUUGGGGGUUGUCUUCUUGAGGACUCUUUUUCUUGACACACACAAAACCCUCCUUGUUCGUGCUGUUAAAUGUGUUUCCACGGUGACGUUAGUGUUUCUUGCUGUGAAUGAUUCCUGCCCCACCACCAGCAAAAACAUGAACCUUGUUUCAGGUCAGGGUUAUUAUCAGUGGGUGUCCUUUUCAUCAGGAAGGCUGCCAGUGAAUCCAGGAUUAGGAAGAAGGAAUAUAUGCACUACCUGGAGGACCGCCUCGCUGCACUGGAGAUGGAGAACGCCACGCUGAAGGCACGGCUGCAGCUCUCCAACAACACCUGCCUGGAUGAGUGAGGAAGGCUCCACCCACAACCGCUUUAACUGCACUUCUUUUACAUUCCUUUAUGAUCCGGCUGAGAAAUGUACUCUUUAAAUUAUUAAAAUAUUAUAUUAACUUAA